GUUGAAUUUUCCUAUCCUCCCCUAAAGCCUGGAGAAGGACAUGACAGCCACAGUUUACCAGAGGAAUGGAAAUACUUGCCAUUUCUCGCCUUACCGGAUGGUGCUCACAACUAUCAGGAAGAUACUGUGUUUUUCCAUUUGCCACCGAGAUGUGGGGAUCGAACCACAGUAUAUGGUGUCUCUUGCUAUAGGCAGAUUGAAGCAAAGGCAUUGAAAGUACGGCAAGCAGACAUCACCCGAGAAACAGUACAGAAAAGUGUUUGUGUUCUCAGUCAGCUGCCUUUGUAUGGGUUACUUCAGGCAAAGCUGCAACUCAUUACACAUGCGUAUUUUGAAGAAAAAGACUUCUCGCAAAUUUCAAUUCUAAAGGAACUUUAUGAUCAUAUGAAUAGUUCCUUGGGCAGUACUUUGCUAGAAGGGUCACAAGUUUAUCUUGGUCUGUCUCCUCGGGAUCUUGUUCUUCACUUUAGACACAAGGUCCUGGUCCUUUUUAAAUUGAUUCUUCUAGAGAAAAAGGUGCUGUUUUAUAUUUCUCCAGUAAAUUACUAUUGAGAUGCUGAUACUCAUGCAUGCUAUCACUUUCCAGGUAUGAUUGAACAUGGUCUUACUGACUGCUCACAGUAUAGACCAAGAAAAAGCAUAUCGGAGGAUGCUGGCUUGCAGGAAAAUACACCACGGUUAGAUGACUGUGUUUCUGUGUCUGCUGCUGAUACUUCAAAUACAAACUUAAGAAUGGGAAAGGGAGGCAGGAAGAUGUCAGGAAACUAUUCACUGGAAGGUCAAAAAGCAAAUGUGCCUUUCUCCCAGUCAGAGAAGACUUGCAAUGGAGCUCAGUCCUCCAAUAGUACUGUGCAGCGCUUGAAAGUUCCUUCCCGCACUUCUCCAGCAUCCUCUGAAAGUGACUGGGAGACCUUAGAUCCUAGCAUUUUGGAGGAGUCUAAUUUGAAAGAAGGAGAACGUGAAAAUACAGCAUCAGAACAGGCUGAAAAUAUUCCUAGCGAAGGCAUGAGCUCAGAAAGCCUUCCAAUCACUGUGCAGCCCCAAGCAAAUACAGGACACACGGUGCUUGUUCCAGGACUGAUAUCUGGGUUGGAAGAGGACCAGUAUGGUAUGCCGUUGGCUAUUUUUACAAAGGGGUACCUUUGUUUGCCAUACAUGGCACUGCAGCAGCAUCAUCUCCUGUCAGAUGUAGCAGUCCGCGGCUUUGUUGCAGGAGCCACCAAUAUCCUGUUCCGACAGCAGAAACAUCUGAGUGAUGCAAUUGUGGAAAUAGAAGAUGCUCACGUACAAAUCCACGAUCCAGAACUCCGUAAGAUCCUGAACCCAACAACUGCUGACCUAAGAUUUGCAGAUUACUUGGUGAAGCAUGUAACUGAGAACAGAGAUGAUGUUUUCCUUGAUGGCACUGGAUGGGAAGGAGGAGAUGAGUGGAUCAGGGCUCAGUUCAGUGCUUAUCUUCAUGCACUGCUUGCUGCUGUGCUGCAACCAGACAAUGAAAAGACUUUGUCAGACUUUGGAACAGCAUUCGUAGCAGCCUGGAAAAAUACCCACAACUACAGAGUAUGGAAUAGCAACAAGCAUCCAGCUCUUGCGGAGGUAAAUUCUAGCCACCCAUUCCAGGGACAGUACUCUGUAUCAGAUGUUAAGUUAAGAUUGUCACACUCUGUGCAAAACAGUGAACGUGGAAAGAAGAUUGGAAAUGUGAUGGUUUCUACUAGCCGAAAUGUUGUACAAACCGGAAAAGCUGUAGGCCAAUCAGUUGGAGGAGCCUUCACAAGUGCAAAAUCAGCUAUGUCAUCGUGGUUUUCCACUUUUACGCAGUCAACCCAAAGCCUCGGGGACUAAAUGAUGGUUUUGUACAAUGCUGCUGAAUAUUUCAGGUGCAAUGCUUUCUCUGAGCUGUAAAAAGACCGCUCCAAAACAUAGGAGUGGAGAUUAACUACCCAGGACCAGAACAAGUAUAUGUUGCUUGCAAGCAGAUGUGGAAUGUUAUCAUUCAGUUUCACUAGAACUAUAGAAGAAUGGUGAGUGUCUCCAUACAAUGGGAUGGCAUUUGCAGUAUAUUAGUUGUAUUUAAAAUGACUACUUUUCUUUAAAACUGAGCCUUUAUAAAGACAUUAGCAAACAUGGCUUGUUGCAAGCCAAACGUGUUUGACUUUAGAUUUGUAUAUUUUCUUGGAUGUUGAAAAUAUUUAUGUAAACUAGUUAUAUUUUUCAAUCCAAAUAGCCAAAUGUUUGUGAAUUCUUGUUAGAAAUAAGUGGAGUAUAAAUACUGAUUUCUCUUUCAUGUUGGGUUUGAGAGCACCUCUGCAAACAGUAUACGGUGGAAACCCUUAAAGGGUUU